AGAGGAGAGAGGGAGGAAAAAUUCUUCAAGUAUGAGAAAAUUUUACUGCACUCCUCCUCCCCUCCCCUCCUCUCUCGCUCCGUCCAUCACCCUCCUCGUCCUCCUCCUGCCGGUCAGUCAGCGAGAGAGCCGGACUGAGACGAGACUUCAGCACCGCUGAGGGAAACUCCUCACCUCUCUGAGCAGUGGGAAAACCCAUGGACAGCAAAGGCGAGAGGAAAAAAUCCAUCACCUCUGUGACUGAAGCGAAGUGAGAGCAGGUCCAGAUCUGCAGACUCUUUCCAACUGAGUCCUGGAAGCAACCGGCUCCGCUGUUACCGGCAAACGUCCGUCAGCAUCGAUUUCCCGAGCGGUCCGGCAUCUUUCUCCUCAAACACCCAGGGAAGUCUUCUCCUGGUGCCACCCUGGCGAUGCUUCCUUUCAUCCCCUGCCUCCUCCUCUUCCUCCUCCUGGCCGGCCCAGCCCUCCUGACCCCGUCAACCUCCAAAGAGCUACAGUUAAGGGGUCAACGGACACCAAGGGACACCAAGCAGGACUCCUUCAAGGUGGUCAUCUCAGAGGGCUGUGCCACUCAGGGUGAUGCAUCUGAUGGGAGUACAGGAGGUAAAGAAAUUGACCUGGCGCCUGGUUCUCCUCUGGUUCUGACCCAUAAGAUCAAACUGGUUCCCUCAGAUUCGGCGUCUGGGUCUGGAUCUUGUGGAUGCGACGCCGACUUUGCUCCGCUGCGGGAGCGGCUGGAGAGGCUGGAGAGGGAGGUGUCAGCCCUCCGGGAGACGUGUGGAGGGGCUGAAGGAAACUGCUGCAGCUCAAACGAAAGCAAAGGUGCAGGAUGCUCCAUCAAACCAGAGACCAAGGAGUGCCCCAGUGAGUGCAGUGAUCAGGGUCGCUGCAAGGAUGGCAAGUGUGUCUGCUUUCCUGGAUUCAGCGGGCCGGACUGCAGCCAGUCCAACUGUCCCGGGGACUGCAGCAACAACGGGAAGUGCGUGAAUGUUCAAUGCGUGUGCGAUCCUGGUUUCACCGGUCCUGACUGCUCCCUGAAAGCCUGCCCUGAUAACUGCAACAAUCACGGCAGGUGCGAGAAAGGCAAAUGUGUGUGCAACAGUGGUUUCACAGGUCCCAGCUGCUCCGAUGAAUCCUGUCCCGGAAACUGCAAAAAAAGAGGGGUCUGUGUUAACGGACAGUGCGUGUGCAAUCCUGGUUUCACCGGUCAUGACUGCUCCCUGAGAUCCUGCCCCGAUAACUGCAACAAUCAAGGCAGGUGUGUGAACGGCAAGUGUGUGUGCAACAGUGGCUUCACAGGUCCCAGCUGCCUCAACAAAUCCUGCCCCAGCAACUGCAACAGGAGGGGGCGCUGCAUUAACGGGCAGUGUGUGUGUAAUCCUGGAUUCGCUGGGCCAGACUGUUUAAAGAGGACAUGCCCAGACAACUGCAAUGACCGUGGGAGGUGUGUUAACGGUAAAUGUGUCUGCAACAGUGGCUUCACCGGUGCGGAUUGCUCUGAGGCAGUCUGUCCUGAAAACUGCAACAACAGGGGGCGCUGUGUGAAUGGACAGUGUGUUUGUGAUGAUGGAUUCACUGGCGAGGAUUGCUCUGAAAGAACAUGCCCAAAUGACUGCAACGACCGUGGCAGGUGUGUUAAUGGUAAAUGCAUAUGUGACAGCGGAUUCACAGGUGACGACUGCUCUGAAAACACCUGCCCCAACAACUGCAACAACAGGGGGCGCUGUGUUAACGGACAAUGUGUCUGUGAUGAUGGAUUCACUGGUGCAGACUGCAGUGCUAAAGGCUGCCCCAACAACUGCAACAACAGGGGGCACUGUGUUAACGGACAAUGUGUCUGUGAUGAUGGAUUCACUGGCGAGGAUUGCUCUGAAAGAACCUGUCUAAACAGCUGCAACAACAGGGGGCGCUGUGUGAAUGGACAGUGUGUUUGUGAUGAUGGAUUCACUGGUGCAGACUGCAGUGCUAAAGGCUGCCCCAACAACUGCAACAACAGGGGGCACUGUGUUAACGGACAAUGUGUCUGUGAUGAUGGAUUCACUGGCGAGGAUUGCUCUGAAAGAACCUGUCUAAACAGCUGCAACAACAGGGGGCGCUGUGUGAAUGGACAGUGUGUUUGUGAUGAUGGAUUCACUGGUGCAGACUGCAGUGCUAAAGGCUGCCCCAACAACUGCAACAACAGGGGGCGCUGUGUUAACGGACAGUGUGUCUGUGAUGAUGGAUUCACUGAUGCAGACUGCAGUGCUAAAAGCUGCCCCAACAACUGCAACAACAGGGGGCGCUGCUUCAGGGGGAGCUGCGCGUGUCGUCGGGGGUUCACAGGACCAGACUGCAGCCAGUGUCAGGAGGGGAUGACUGGGCCCAACUGUGAUGUCGUCAUGUCUGGUGUUUCCCGGCUGAGCACUCAGGACAUCACAGACACGUCAGUCGCUUUGGUUUGGACUCCGCCUCCUGUCCAGUAUGAGACCUACUACAUCACCUUCAGCAGCCAGAAGGAGAGCGACCAGCAGAUAACUGCGCAGGUGGAAGGCGGCCUGACCACCUACACCCAGACGGGCCUGGCGGCCGGUCAGGAUUACAGAGUCGGCAUCGUGGGAGAGAUCGACGGCAGGAGAGGACGCGAGAGCACCGCUGAAUUCAUGACACUCAUUUCUGGUCCCACCAACCUCAGAGUUGUCAAGAUGUCGUCCACGUCUGCGGUAGUCCAAUGGGAGCCGACAGUGGGGGAGAUUGACAGGUACCAUCUCACCGUAACGCCAAAUGAUGGAGCGGGGAGGAGUCAAGAAAUGACCAUCCCAGCUGACCAGAACUCCGCACAGAUCCAGCGGCUGGAGGCCGGGCGUUUGUAUGACAUCCUGCUCGUGGCAGAGAAAGACACGAGCAGGAGCGCUCCAGAGACCACCCAGGUAGUCCCCGGAACGAUAUUACCAAGAUUUCCCACGGCAGCUUCCCCUCCAUAUAUUUCCAAAGAGUCCACUUUGACUACCCAGGCCUCCCUAGCACCUAACCAAGAUGUUAGCAGCAUACACCAAGACUUGAACCCAUCAGCCGAGGGACAAAUAUUUGACCAGCGUGAGAAGACAGAAGAUGUGAGCAAGGACAAAGACUCCUCAACUCCUAUAAUAAUUGCCAGAACUAAACCUCUGGUCAAUAAAAUGUUUUCAAUAAAUGGCACCAGCCCCAAACCCAUCGGAAAGUCCAUAUUGCCAAGGAAGCAACCGCAUUUCAAUGCAACAAGAGUUGUGCCCAGAAGGAGACCUUUUAAAAAAGUCUUGGAGAGUAAAAACCUUAAACCAGGUGUCCCCAUCAUCAGACAGUCUGUGUCAGACCCAAGUAUAGAGGCAUCCAGCUCUGACAGAGUUGAUAAAAAUAAAGCUAUGCUGCCUGGAACAGAUUCAGAAACAAAGAUCCAAAGUAGCUCAGAGGAAUCAGCGGCUGCUGCUGACUUAAAAGGGCCACCGCAUGUUGGCAUUGCAGGCCAUGGAAAUGACACUGGUCUCGUUUCUCCAGAACCAAGUGGGACCGUUCAAAGCCAAGAGAAGAAAUGUCUAAAUAAAAUCAAAGUGACACAUUCGAGACUCCCCUUAAAAGAUAGAGGCAAUGGGUGUAGGGGGGCUGAGCAUGCUGGCAUGGUAGAGAAAAGUCCAGACCUGGGUUCACCACCUUCUGCAGAGCCAGACCUUGAUUAUAAACCAGAUCCUUUACAUAAACUUUUGAAAGACACUUUUGAUAGUAUGAACAUCUCAACAUUUUCUGUUCACCUGUCAAAAUCAUCAAACCUCUCAGUCAAUGCAGACAUAAUUGGGAAACAGAUUUUGAGAGGACUGAAGCCACUGCCAUCGCUCUCAUCCUCUUCAACAUCCUCAGAGUCACAAUCAUCAUCGCAUUCAUCAGCCUCAAGGACAUCACACUCUCCAGCUGCACCACCAUCACCUUUAUCCUCACCAUCCCCACCUUCACCUGGUUCCGAUGGAUCAACGGCAGGUUCAUCGUCCUCGCAAAUGUCUUUAAUUCCAUCAUCACCUUCAUCUUUACUGUCACCACCUCCAUCCACAUCAUUGUCCCUUCCAACAACAUCAUCAUCCCCUUCCAGAUCUGAUAAAUUUGAUUCACAUUCAAGCAAUGAGCUAAGUGAAAGCAGCAGAAGUAGCUCUGCGCCUGCACCACCCACAGAUAGAAAACCACCACCAGAAGGUGGGGUACCUCGAAUGAACACUCCUAAAUAUGGAAUCAGACGCCGUCCAUACGCAAAGUUUGGACCUUUUCAGAACAAAACCCAUAUAAAUUCUAGAUUCCGUCUCCCCUCCCAUCGUAUGAACCUUAGUCCUGAAAUGACAGCAGAGAACAAACAUCGGCCGACGAGCGAACUGUUGUCUUUACCAUCUAUAUCUGCUUCUGAGGAAUCAUCCUCUGUUAAGGCAAGUGUACCAGUGAAGGAUACAACUGGGUUAAAAAAUGGGACAGGUACACCUGACUUAUCUGGAGUCGAGCAAAACCAAAAAAAUGUGCAGAUAGAAAGACAAAGGAUAGCAAAUCGCUGUCCUCCAUUCAAGAAUUGCCGUUUUCUAAAAGGGGGACCUUUUCAGAAUCAAACUCGUCGUAUUGGACCUUUGAACCGUGAAACAGAGCCACGCAAAGAGCAGGUGGUUUCCAAUGAGUUAACAGCUACGUCAGCCCCUUCUCUUUCCAAAGGGCCUGUGAGAGAUGCAGAUGAUGGUGGACAUGGGACAAGAAUCUCCUCCACAAGUUCAGCCACUGAGUUUAAUCGGACACUCAGAGGAAGAGGAAUGUCUUCCUUCCAUCGCCAAAAUACCAAACUGGGCUAUAUCUCUCGCCAACUAUAUGAAAGACGUUUAAAAAACGGAACCCAAAGAAUACCUCAACGUCCGUAUAACUAUCCUCCUCACAAGUAUUUCCCAAACAAAGAGGUAAAUGCAGGCAGCACUGGAAAUCAAACUGGCCAACUGGGAAGCAUAUUAACUCGCCAGAAUGUCCAACACCCUAUGCAUCAAAUUCCAAUUAGAGAAGGAGAUCAAGAUACUGCAGCUGACCAGAUAGAUGGUCAAACCAAUGUCCGAUCACAGACUGAGAAUCUAGGAACUGGAGACAGAGCUGUGGGGAGAGAAGAAGAUAUUAGCAGUACUGAUUCAAAGCUGCAAGAAAUAAAUGACAGCGGAAAUCCUGGCAAAAGCAAUGGGACUGGAAUUCAAGGCAGACCAACAAAACAACAUUUCCCAAAUUCAAGACCCUCCAGCUCAGUCACAUUUCCAAUAAGACAACCAGCAGCAAAAACUGUUCCAGCACAGCAUCCCACCCACAUUAGACACUACACCGGGGGUAGCCAAAAGAGUGAGAACCCACAAACAUUUGAAAGUAAAACUAAGCAGACAAAUCCUACGUCAGAUCUUUCUUCGUCUGGAGUCUUAAGGGAACCUUUGGACUUUGUGGAAGUCAUAAACCAGACCACUGAUGGAGUCACAUUGAUAUGGGACUCACCUGAAGGCAAGUACAAAAACUUUGUUGUGACGAGAAAAGACGGAAAAGAGGAGGACACAGAGCCAAAAGAAAAAGAGCAUGACUACCACGAUUCUGGCAAAGAGGGAGGCAGGGAAGAAGAGAAGACGAAUCACACGCCUAACAGGGACACCAUUUCCCAAAAUGUAGGUAGUGAAGAUGAGAACAGAGUGCCUGGAAGCCUUGUAACUCAUGCCCCAAAAAUCCAAAGCAAAACAAUAGUAAAACCAACAGAAAAUGAAAAAACCUUCAAAAAAGUCCUUCCUGGUUCAGCUCGGUCCUUCCGGUUUGAGGAUCUGCCCCCACAGCCCGAGUACACCUUGACCUUACUGGGAAAGGGCCCUGGCGUUCUGUCAAGACUGCACAAGCUUGUCAUCAGUACAGGACCCGAGCCUCCCUCUAACAUAGUCUUCAGUAAGGUGACGGAAAACUCUGUGACGGUGUCGUGGACCAAACCAAAGAGUCCCGUCAGCGGUUUCAAAGUCACAUAUACCCAUGCAGAGGAUGGCGAGCCGGUGUCGGUGUCUCUGGACUCAAAGGACUCCACCGUGGGUUUAUCCAAGCUCUCACCUGGUUCUUCUUACGAGGUCACCGUCAUCUCCACCCUCGGACUGGACGAGAGCGAUCCAGUGAAAGACUUUGUCAUGACGCUGCCCGACCCGCCGACACACCUGGGUGCCGUAAACGUCACCGACUCCACCGCCUUGUUAUUGUGGCGUCCAGCGCUGGCAGCCGUUGAUAAGUAUUCCAUCGUGUACGGCGCGGGCACAGGUUCAGAGGUGAAGGUCACGGUGUCCGGAAACGCAGCCGAGCAGCAGCUCAGCGGCCUGGAAGGAUCCACCACCUACACCAUCACUGUAACCAGCCAGCUGGGCAGCCGGGAGAGCUCGCCGGCCACCACCAGCUUCACCACCACCGGCGGCUCGGGGAAAGUUGGGGAAGGCCCGCAAGACCUCCAGGCGAGCAACGUGACUCCACGCACUGCCACGUUGUCAUGGAAACCUCCAUCAAAGCCCGUUGGUAACUACAGACUGAGCUAUCAGGCUAAAGACAAAGAAAUGAAGGAGGUCAUUGUGGACGGCUCGUUAACGCAGUACAACCUGACUGGACUCCAUCCUGGAUCCACGUAUACGCUGCAGCUCCAGGCCGAAGGAGGAGGACAGUACACGUCCGCCAUCUCCACAGAAUUCACCACCGGAACCCUGCGGUACCCGUUCCCCACUGACUGCUCUCAGGAGCUGCUGAACGGCAUCGUGACUUCAGGCGAGGCAGAGAUUUUCCCUCAAGGCAGACACGGGACGCCAGUGACAGUUUCCUGCGACAUGGAGACAGACGGUGGCGGCUGGACGGUCUUCCAGCGGAGGAAGGACGGCUCCGAGAAUUUCUUCAGACGCUGGAACGAGUACGUGGAAGGAUUCGGGGACGUGAAUGGAGAGUUUUGGCUCGGACUCACGAGUAUCCACAACCUCACAGCGAUGAGCAGGAUGAGCCUGCGGGUCGACCUGCGAGACGGCGACGAGUCGGUGUUCGCUCAGUACUCGACGUUCGAGGUGGCCAAGAGGAACUACAAACUGACUGUGGGAGGAUACAGCGGCACCGCAGGUGACUCUCUCAGUUACCACAACCACCGGAUCUUUUCCACCAAAGACCGGGACCUGGCGCCCUUCAUCACCCGCUGCGCCAUGUCUUAUCGAGGAGGCUGGUGGUACAAGAACUGCCACGAGGCAAACCUCAACGGCCUCUACGGCAUCAACACCAAACACCAGGGUGUGAUCUGGACCGCCUGGAAAGGAAAAGACUUUUCUGUCCCGUUCACUGAGAUGAAGCUGAGACCGGCAGCCUUCCGGCCUCCGUCCCGAGGAUGAGCGAGAGAGAGGCUGAUGAUGAUGAUGAUGAUGAACUGCUAAACACACAUGCUCAGUGUGUUACAUGUGUGAACGCACACAUUGAAACGGGGAGCUCGGGCUCCUGUUAGAAGAUUUGUAUAGAGUCAGUUAUCAGUAUGUUACUGCAGAUUGUACAGGUUCCUCCUUUUCGACAGUAUUUUAAAGCGGGGCGUCUUCCUCCAUAUUUAAAGGCUCAGUUCACACAAAUUAUAUCACGGCUGGGUCCAGUUAGACAGUUCUGGUUUCACAUGCAGAUGCUCUGAGAGAUCAGAAGUCUCAAACUAGAGGCCCUCGUGAC